AGAGAGAGAGAGAGAGAGAGAGAGAGAGAGAGAGAGAGAGAGAGAGAUGACAUGAGAUCACACAGUAUGUAAAAAUAAGCUUUAAUGAAGACAUGAGCGGAGAACAGAACAGAAGAUUUGAAGUGUUUGACAGAUGUGAGAUCAUGAGUAAUCAUUCUAUUGCUCAGUGGUUGAGAUUGAUCGGACUGCCUCAGUACAUCAGUUUACUGGAGAGACACUGUUACGGUCUGGAGGGUCUCCUGUACAUAACUGAAGAUGAUCUAAGACUGAUGGGGGUAGAGGAUCCAGAUCACAUAACAACCAUUAUAACCUAUUUGAAGAAACAACAACCGAAAACACAACCAGACACAGAUAGUAACAGCACACGCAGAAUAAGCCGGAAGUUCUCUCUGACAUCAUCACUCGACCUGGUCAAGCCCACAGCCACCCUUUUCCGUCAAAGCAUCGUGCCGCGACUGCGUCGUCGAGACUACAAAGGCUCCACCCCCUGUCUCCAGCUCCCACCUGAAAUCCACGAGGAAGACCACGCCCCCUCCAGCAAACACAAACUCAGCCGGAGGAAGAGCGUGUCGGCCUUCAUCAGUCAGGUGUUCUCUGGUCUGAAGGACAUGGACUCUCUGAAGAAAGAGCUGGAGGAGGAACUGAAGCUGAGCUCUGAAGAUCUCAGGAGUCACGCCUGGUAUCACGGACAGCUGCCGCGUGAGGGUGCGGAGCUGCUGUUGUGUAGAGAUGGUGAUUUUCUGGUGCGUGACUCCAGCUCGUGUGCGGGCGAUAGCGUCCUCAGCUGCAUGUGGAAGGAUCAACACAUGCACUUUAAAGUCAUACGAGUUGUGUUGAGACCCAAACAGGGUUACACUCGAGAGCUGUUUCAGUUCGAAAACGAUCAGUUCGACAACAUACCUGCCUUAAUCCGGUUUCACGUUGGUGGACGGCGGCCGGUCUCAAACUCUAUAGGGGCCAUUAUUUUUCAUCCAAUCACACGCACCCUGCCGCUACGCAUCAUCAGUGAGCGCCAGGCCGCUAGAUCGGUCAGCACAUCUGAUGUGUCGAGAGGUCAGAGCAAGAGGCGGAGCCUGAGCUCGUCUCAGAAAGACACGCUACUGGUCAACAACCUGCUCAGGAGUGGCAGUCAGCCGGCUAACAUGGAGAUGGUGGGUAGACCAUCACUGCAAUCGGCACAAUCUGACAGCAACCUCCGCAUAGGUGUACCUCAGACGUGUCUGUCACAGGAGUCCAGCCCCGCCCCCAUCUCGCCUGUGUUCCGCACAGGAAGUGAACCUCUGCUCAGCCCGGCCACUUCCUGUAGAGCAUCUGCACCCAGCCAAUCGUGUCUCGGCGGCUCCCCUCUCCGCGGCUCUGACGGACAGCUGCACUCCCGAGCUCCGCCCAAACCGCUGAGAAUCUCCAUCCUGGUGUCUCCGGCAUCAUCAGGCGAACCGGAGCCGGACCCCGUCGGUCUGUACGGUGAGCUGGUGCCUCAGGUCCCCGUCACCAUGCUGCCCAAAGGUCAUGCGGCUCGUCUCCGCGCUCAGGAGAAAUGGACCAGCCGCGCUCGUAUCACGGAAACCAGCUUCGGCUUCCUGGAGGCGCAGAAACUGGAGGAGGAGCAGAGCGAGAGCGAGAGCGCAGCGGGCGAGAGAGACUGGCAGUUUGAGCGGCCGCAGACGGAGACCGCCUCCUGCUUCCGUUUGGACGAGUUUCGCUCGCUGCUGCUGCCGGAGAACAACCGUCCGCUGGAUCAUAGCACGCUGGCGCGAGUUAAAGAGCUGCUGACGCGCACUGACGCCCGCACCACUGCCCUGCACAUGCUCAGUGUCAACUGUCAGGUGGCUCGCAUCACGGGCGUGACGGCCGAACAGAAGAGGAUGAUGGGAGUCGAAACGGGUCUGGAGCUCAUAACUCUACCGCAUGGAGGUCAGCUGAGACAAGACCUGCUGGAGAGGCACCACGUGUUGGCUCUGGGCAUGGCGGUGGAUCUUCUGGGCUGUACGGGAUCGGUGGGUCAGAGGGCGACUGUGCUGCACAAGGUCAUCCAGCUGGCGCAGGAGCUGCGCGACACAACGCACGACCUGUACGCGUUCUCUGCUGUCAUGAAGGCCCUGGAGCUGCCGCAGGUGGUGAGGUUGGAGAUGACGUGGAGAGCGUUGAGGAGGAAUCACACUGACAGCGCCGUGCAGUUUGAAAAGAGUCUCAAACCCUUCAUGAAAUCACUUCAGGAGGGAGACGACUCUGUGUUGUCGGGGCCGUUGUCUCUUCCUCACAUGGUUCCUCUGUUGAGGUUGAUGGAGGGUGAGGAUUGUGUUGAAUCUACAGACAAAGGUUGUCAGCUUCUCUUUAAUCUGCUGCAGUCAGCACGCAACGCCGCUCUACACGCCAGCGACUACACGCAACACGCUAACAGCCUCCUAUCAGCAGGUGGCUGGGAGCCAACCCCCGAGCUGCUGGAGGUGUUUCAGACGGAGUUCGCUCUGCGCCUCUUCUGGGGUCAUACCGGCGCCAAGACUGAACUCAAGGAGCGCUACGCCAAAUUCGACAUGAUCCUCACCGUCCUCUCCAACAAACUGGAACCGGAUGAAACAUCUAAAGUUUGACUUCAUGUCUGCUGUGCUGACAGAAACAGAACUGAAGCAUUCAAUGCUCGAUUAUUUGAGUUUUAAUGUUGAUCACAACCUGCAGAACUCAGUGAGACUCACUUCAGCCGUGUGUGUGCGUGUGAAAACUCUUCUCACAAAUUUAUACAUCAUCACUUUUCUUCACCUUUAUGUGCAUGUUUGUGUGUGGUUGUUUAUAUUCUGAAUUCAUAUUUUACAAGUUUUAUUAAAAUGAGAAUUAAUAUAUCACACUUUGAUCAAUGUGUUUGCACAGAUGAAAUAUUUGGGAUAGUAACAUGAAAGAAAGUGGGUUGUCACUACUCCGUACAGCCAGCAGGUGGAGACAGAGAUGUGAACGUUAUCAUGAUGACAGAAAAUUUGAAAAGAUAUUAAAGUCCCCGUGAACCAGAAGGUGCAAUCGU